UUCGACACGUCACGACAUUUGUCUGAUUUGCUUGAUGACUUUCGCGACAUAGACAGUAAAAUUCAUUCGUUUCAACCUCGAUUUACUCGCAUUAGACCGAUACGUGUCAACAGAACGAGAGCGGCUUUCAGCAAUACAGUGUACAUUCAUAUAAUAUUUUUGUUAAAUUUAAAGCGAAUCAGCAAUAAAUACUACAAUAAAAAAAUGAAUAAAUUUUUGGGUUUGUGUACGAUUGCCGUGCUUGGAUUUCUCUCCGUUUGCGUUGCUGCCGAAGAUGAAACCAGUGCCCGUUUGUUGGUGUCGAAACAAAUUUUAAACAAAUACCUCGUCGAACAAAGUGAUGUUGUCGUCAAAUAUACAUUGUACAAUGUUGGAAAUGGACCAGCCGUUCAUGUCAAACUCGUCGACAAUGGAUUCCAUCCAGAUGCUUUCAGUGUUGUUGGUGGACAAUUGAGUGCAGUUAUUGACCGAAUUGCACCACAUACAAAUGUAUCACAUGUUGUUGUUGUCCGACCAUUGGCUUAUGGUUACUUCAAUUUCACAUCGGCCGAAGUACAAUACAAAGCUGUCGAAGAUUCCGAUGCCAUUCAAUAUGCUGUCAGCUCAGAACCAGGAGAAGGUGGUAUUGUUGGAUUGGCCGAUUUCAAUAAGCGUUUCUCAUCCCAUUUGUUUGACUGGGUCGCAUUCGCCAUUAUGACAUUGCCAUCAUUAGCUAUCCCAUUCUUCUUGUGGCACCAAUCGAAAUCAAAGUACGAACACUUAGCAAAAUUAAGCAAGAAAAAGCACUAAUUUAUUUACAUACAACACAAAAUUAAUAAAAUAAAAACAAACGCAAAAAUCA